GCCUCAGCCUAUCAUGUCUGAUUGCUGCUCGGUGCCUGAAGAGAAAGCCAGGCUCGGUAACAUGAUACAUUAUAGACUGAUUCAACUUGGAAGCGCUGCGCUCGGCUCGUCACGACCAGACAGCGGAAUCGCCACGGGAAGGUGGGUGACUGCGAAGCAACCCUGUUGACCUUACAAGCCGAGGCGGGAUAAAGUGCGAUUUCUCACCUCGAGUGGAGCCACUUAGAAAUAUUUCAGGCAGAACCGCGAGCGCUGCUCUAGAGCAACCUCCAAAUAACCAAGGCCAGUCGACCCUGCAACCUUUGCCACCUUCUCACAAGCAGCAUUCAGCACAGCAUCACCCAUCUAUCACCUCCCCUAACAGAAACUCACUGACAAAUAGGAGGAACCAGAGUCCGGCCCCGCCGGCUGCUUUGCCCGCCGAGCUGCAAACCACACCCGAGUCGGUCCAGCUGCAGGACAGCUGGGUCCUUGGCAGUAAUGUGCCACUGGAAAGCAGGCAUUUCCUAUUCAAAACAGGAACAGGGACGACACCACUGUUCAGUACUGCGACACCGGGUUACACAAUGGCAUCCGGCUCGGUUUAUUCCCCUCCGACACGACCACUACCUAGGAACACCUUAUCAAGAAGUGCUUUUAAAUUUAAAAAGUCUUCAAAGUACUGUAGCUGGAAAUGUACAGCACUCUGUGCUGUAGGGGUCUCUGUGCUACUGGCAAUACUACUAUCUUACUUUAUAGCAAUGCAUCUAUUUGGCCUCAACUGGCAGUUACAGCAGACUGAAAACGACACAUUUGAAAAUGGAAAAGUGAAUUCUGAUACUGUGCCAACACACACUGUGUCAUUGCCUUCUGGUGAAAAUGGAAAAUUAGGAGGAUUUGCACAAGAAAACAAUACUAUAGAUUCCGGAGAACUUGAUAUAGGCCGAAGAGCAACACAAGAAGUUCCUCCUGGGAUCUUCUGGAGGUCACAGGUCUUCAUUGAUCAGCCACAGUUUCUAAAAUUCAAUAUCUCCCUUCAGAAAGAUGCAUUGAUUGGAGUAUAUGGCCGAAAAGGCUUACCACCCUCGCAUACUCAAUAUGACUUUGUGGAACUUUUGGAUGGUAGCCGGUUGAUUGCAAAGGAACAGCGCAACCUUAUUGAGGCAGAGAGAGCAGGUAGACAGGCAAGGUCUGUCAGUCUUCAUGAAGCAGGUUUCAUCCAGUAUUUGGAUGCUGGCAUCUGGCACCUGGCUUUUUAUAAUGAUGGGAAAAAUUCAGAACAAGUGUCUUUUAAUACAAUUGUCAUAGAGUCUGUGGUGGAAUGCCCCCGCAAUUGCCAUGGAAACGGAGAGUGUGUAUCAGGAUCAUGCCAUUGUUUUGCUGGAUUUCUGGGCCCUGAUUGUUCAAGAGCAGCCUGCCCAGUAUUGUGCAGUGGCAAUGGGCAGUACUCCAAAGGACGCUGUCUUUGCUACAGUGGCUGGAAAGGGACAGAGUGUGAUGUGCCUACCACCCAGUGCAUUGACCCUCAAUGCGGAGGUCGUGGGAUUUGCAUCAUGGGCUCUUGUGCCUGCAACUCUGGAUACAAAGGAGAAAACUGUGAGGAAGCUGAUUGUUUAGAUCCAGCCUGUUCAAAUCAUGGUGUGUGCAUCCAUGGAGAGUGCCAUUGUAAUCCAGGAUGGGGUGGUAACAACUGUGAAAUUCUGAAGACUAUGUGUCCAGACCAGUGCUCUGGCCAUGGCACGUAUCUUCAAGAAAGUGGCACAUGCACUUGUGACCCUAAUUGGACUGGUCCUGAUUGCUCCAAUGAAAUCUGUUCUGUUGACUGUGGCACACAUGGUGUCUGCAUGGGUGGAACUUGUCGUUGUGAAGAAGGCUGGACUGGCCCAUCCUGCAGUCAAAGAGCAUGUCACCCUCGGUGUGCUGAACAUGGAACAUGUAAAGAUGGAAAGUGUGAAUGCAACCAAGGCUGGAAUGGCGAGCACUGCACAAUUGAGGGAUGCCCUGGCUUGUGUAAUAGCAAUGGAAGAUGUACUCUGGACCAAAAUGGCUGGCAUUGUGUUUGUCAGCCAGGAUGGAGGGGAGCAGGAUGUGAUGUCGCCAUGGAAACUUUAUGUACUGAUAGCAAGGACAAUGAAGGAGAUGGAUUAAUUGACUGCAUGGAUCCUGACUGCUGUUUGCAGAGUUCCUGCCAAAACCAGCCCUACUGCCGUGGACUGCCGGACCCACAAGAUAUCAUUAGCCAAAACCAGCAGUCACCAUCUCAGCAAGCUGCCAAAUCCUUUUACGAUCGGAUAAGUUUUCUUAUAGGACCGGACAGCUCCCAUGUCAUUCCAGGGGAAAGCCCUUUCAAUAAAAGUCUUGCAUCUGUUAUAAGGGGCCAAGUAUUGACAGCAGAUGGAACACCACUCAUUGGAGUUAAUGUGUCGUUUUUACAUUAUCCAGAUUAUGGGUACACCAUCACUCGCCAAGAUGGAAUGUUUGACUUGGUGGCAAAUGGAGGCGCCUCUUUAACCCUAGUGUUCGAACGAUCACCAUUCCUUACUCAAUACCACACAGUUUGGAUUCCAUGGAACGUCUUCUAUGUCAUGGACACCCUGGUCAUGAAGAAGGAGGAGAAUGACAUUCCCAGCUGCGAUCUGAGUGGAUUUGUAAGACCAAAUCCUGUCAUUGUAUCAUCACCUCUAUCUACCUUGUUCAGGAUUUCCCCUGAGGACAGUCCUAUUAUUCCUGAGACACAGGUACUUCAUGAGGAGACCACAGUCCCAGGAACUGAUUUGAAACUGUCUUAUUUAAGCUCCAGAGCUGCAGGGUAUAAAUCCGUUCUUAAGAUCACCAUGACGCAGUCCGUGAUACCAUUUAACUUAAUGAAGGUUCAUCUCAUGGUGGCAGUGGUGGGAAGACUUUUCCAAAAAUGGUUCCCUGCAUCCCCAAAUUUGGCUUACACAUUCAUAUGGGAUAAAACUGAUGCAUAUAACCAAAAGGUCUAUGGUUUAUCUGAAGCUGUUGUAUCUGUAGGUUAUGAAUAUGAAUCUUGUUUGGAUCUAACACUGUGGGAAAAACGGACAGCUAUUUUACAAGGCUAUGAAUUGGAUGCCUCCAACAUGGGGGGCUGGACCCUAGAUAAGCACCACGUCCUGGAUGUUCAGAAUGGAAUCCUCUACAAAGGCAAUGGGGAAAAUCAGUUCAUCUCUCAGCAGCCACCAGUUGUCAGUAGUAUAAUGGGCAAUGGUCGACGACGUAGCAUUUCUUGCCCAAGUUGCAAUGGUCAAGCAGAUGGCAAUAAGCUUUUGGCUCCCGUUGCCUUAGCUUGUGGUAUUGAUGGAAGCCUGUACGUAGGGGAUUUUAACUAUGUUCGACGGAUAUUCCCAUCUGGAAAUGUAACAAGUGUUCUUGAACUAAGAAAUAAAGAUUUUAGACAUAGCAGUAACCCGGCUCAUAGAUACUACCUUGCAACUGACCCAGUCACAGGAGAAUUGUAUGUUUCUGACACCAACACACGAAGGAUUUACCGUCCAAAGUCACUCACUGGGGCAAAGGACUUGACAAAAAAUGCUGAAGUGGUAGCAGGAACUGGGGAGCAGUGCCUUCCAUUUGAUGAAGCCAGAUGUGGUGAUGGUGGCAAGGCUGUAGAAGCGACACUCAUGAGCCCCAAAGGAGUGGCAGUAGACAAAAAUGGAUUAAUCUACUUUGUUGAUGGGACUAUGAUCAGGAAAGUGGACCAGAAUGGAAUAAUAUCAACAUUACUUGGCUCAAAUGAUCUGACUUCAGCAAGACCUUUAACAUGUGAUACCAGCAUGCACAUCAGUCAGGUGCGUCUGGAGUGGCCAACGGAUUUGGCUAUCAAUCCAAUGGAUAACUCCAUAUAUGUGUUAGAUAACAACGUAGUUCUUCAGAUUACUGAAAAUCGGCAAGUCCGUAUUGCUGCUGGGAGGCCAAUGCAUUGCCAAGUUCCUGGAGUGGAGUACACUGUGGGGAAACAUGCCGUACAGACUACUUUAGAAUCAGCCACAGCUAUUUCUGUAUCUUACAGUGGAGUGCUUUACAUUACAGAAACGGAUGAAAAAAAGAUUAACAGAAUAAGACAAGUCACAACUGAUGGAGAGAUCUCAUUAGUUGCUGGAAUACCCUCUGAGUGUGAUUGCAAAAAUGAUGUUAACUGUGACUGCUACCAAAAUGGUGAUGGUUAUGCUAAAGAUGCCAAACUUAAUGCCCCAUCUUCUUUAGCUGCAUCACCUGAUGGAACGUUGUACAUUGCUGAUCUUGGAAAUAUUCGGAUACGAGCUGUGUCAAAGAACAAACCGUUGCUGACUUCAAUGAAUUUUUAUGAAGUUGCCUCUCCAACCGAUCAGGAACUCUACAUCUUUGAUGUCAACGGCACCCAUCAGUACACGAUGAGUUUAGUCACAGGAGACUAUCUGUACAAUUUUAGCUACAGUAACGACAACGACAUCACGGCUGUAACUGACAGCAAUGGAAAUACCCUUCGUAUAAGGCGAGAUCCCAACCGGAUGCCAGUGAGGGUGGUAUCUCCUGACAACCAAGUUAUCUGGCUAACUAUAGGAACCAAUGGAUGUCUAAAAAGCAUGACAGCCCAAGGACAGGAGCUAGUCUUGUUUACCUAUCAUGGCAACAGUGGACUCUUAGCAACAAAAAGUGAUGAGACUGGAUGGACAACUUUUUUUGACUACGAAAGUGAGGGGCGAUUAACCAAUGUCACAUUUCCAACGGGAGUGGUCACCAACCUGCAUGGGGAGAUGGAAAAGGCCAUUACAGUCGACAUUGAAUCUUCUAGCAGAGAGGAAGAUGUCAGCAUUACUUCAAACCUAUCAUCAAUUGAUUCUUUCUAUACAAUGGUACAAGAUCAGUUAAGAAACAGCUACCAGAUUGGAUAUGAUGGAUCUCUCAGAAUUAUCUAUGCCAGUGGCCUGGAUACACACUACCAGACAGAACCACACGUUUUAGCUGGCACAGCCAAUCCAACUGUAGCAAAAAGAAAUAUGACUCUCCCUGGAGAAAAUGGACAGAAUUUGGUGGAGUGGAGGUUCCGGAAAGAACAAGCCCAAGGCAAAGUCAAUGUGUUUGGCCGAAAGCUCAGAGUUAAUGGUAGGAACCUCCUUUCUGUUGACUUUGAUCGGACCUCAAAGACAGAGAAGAUCUACGAUGACCACCGUAAAUUUCUGUUGAGGAUUGCCUAUGACACAUCAGGACACCCAACUCUCUGGCUCCCAAGCAGCAAGCUUAUGGCUGUCAAUGUUACCUAUUCAUCUACAGGUCAAAUUGGCAGUAUCCAACGAGGAACUACUAGUGAAAAAGUAGAUUAUGAUGGACAGGGAAGAAUUGUAUCUAGAGUAUUUGCUGAUGGCAAAACGUGGAGUUACACAUAUCUUGAAAAGUCUAUGGUCCUCUUGCUGCAUAGUCAACGGCAGUACAUCUUUGAAUAUGACUUACUCGAUCGGCUUUCUGCAAUAACCAUGCCUAGUGUUGCUCGCCAUACUAUGCAGACUAUCCGUUCCAUUGGCUAUUAUCGAAACAUCUACAAUCCCCCUGAAAGCAAUGCUUCUGUCAUCAUGGACUACAAUGAGGAAGGACAGCUGCUACAAACUGCUUUCUUGGGUACAAGUCGAAGAGUCCUUUUCAAAUACAGAAGGCAGACCAGGCUCUCUGAAAUCCUUUAUGAUAGCACAAGAGUCAGUUUUACUUAUGAUGAGACAGCAGGAGUUCUGAAAACAGUAAACCUCCAGAGCGAUGGGUUUAUCUGCACCAUUAGGUACAGGCAAAUUGGCCCAUUGAUUGACAGGCAGAUUUUCCGCUUUAGUGAAGAUGGAAUGGUAAAUGCCCGAUUUGACUACAGCUAUGACAAUAGCUUCAGAGUGACUAGCAUGCAAGGUGUAAUCAAUGAAACUCCAUUGCCUAUUGAUCUUUACCAGUUUGAUGACAUCUCUGGAAAAGUUGAGCAGUUUGGAAAAUUUGGGGUUAUAUAUUAUGACAUUAACCAGAUAAUUUCCACAGCUGUAAUGACUUAUACAAAACACUUUGAUGCCCACAGCCGCAUAAAAGAAAUUCAGUAUGAAAUAUUCAGAUCCCUUAUGUACUGGAUUACAAUUCAGUAUGAUAACAUGGGACGGGUAACUAAAAGAGAAAUUAAAAUAGGACCAUUUGCUAACACAACCAAGUAUGCCUAUGAAUAUGAUGUCGAUGGGCAACUACAGACAGUUUACCUGAACGAAAAAAUAAUGUGGCGAUACAACUAUGACCUGAACGGCAAUCUCCAUCUGCUCAAUCCAAGUAAUAGUGCUCGUUUAACACCACUUCGGUAUGACUUGAGAGACAGAAUCACUCGGCUAGGUGAUGUACAGUACCGUUUAGAUGAAGAUGGAUUCCUGCGGCAGAGGGGUACAGAGAUAUUUGAAUACAGCUCAAAGGGCCUGCUGACCAGAGUUUAUAGCAAAGGCAGUGGGUGGACAGUGAUAUACCGUUAUGAUGGGCUUGGGAGACGGGUUUCCAGUAAAACCAGUCUGGGACAACACCUCCAGUUUUUUUAUGCUGACCUCACAUAUCCUACAAGGAUAACUCAUGUAUACAACCAUUCAAGUUCUGAAAUCACCUCUCUCUACUAUGACUUGCAAGGACACCUCUUUGCCAUGGAGAUCAGCAGUGGAGAUGAGUUCUACAUCGCUUCAGACAACACGGGCACACCACUCGCUGUUUUUAGCAGCAAUGGUCUGAUGCUGAAGCAGAUCCAGUACACAGCUUACGGCGAGAUCUAUUUUGACUCCAAUCUCGACUUCCAGUUGGUGAUUGGAUUCCAUGGAGGCCUUUAUGACCCUUUGACCAAACUGAUUCACUUUGGGCAAAGAGAUUAUGACAUACUGGCAGGCCGUUGGACUACACCCGACAUUGAAAUCUGGAAAAAAAUAGGGAAGGAUCCAGCUCCUUUUAAUCUCUACAUGUUCCGAAAUAACAACCCAGCCAGCAGAACACAUGAUGUGAAAGAUUAUAUCACAGAUGUCAACAGCUGGCUGGUAACAUUUGGCUUCCACCUGCAUAAUGCUAUCCCAGGAUUCCCUGUGCCCAAGUUUGAUUUAACAGAGCCCUCCUAUGAACUUGUGAAGAGUCAGCAGUGGGAUGACGUACCGCCAAUUUCUGGAGUGCAACAACAAGUGGCAAGGCAAGCAAAGGCUUUCCUGUCCCUAGGAAAGAUGGCAGAAGUCCAGAUCAGCAAGCGCAGACCCAGCGGCGAGAAAUUGUGGUUCGCAACUGUGAAGUCUUUGAUUGGGAAAGGGGUUAUGCUGGCUGUCAAUCAAGGCAAAGUGCAGACUAAUGUGCUUAACAUUGCAAACGAGGAUUGUAUCAAGGUGGCAGCUGUUCUGAACAAUGCAUACUACCUGGAAAACCUACAUUUCACCAUUGAAGGAAAGGACACACACUAUUUCAUCAAGACCACCUCACCAGAAAGUGACCUGGGCACACUGAGACUGACUAGUGGACGGAAGGCCCUAGAAAAUGGUAUCAACGUCACCGUUUCCCAGUCUACCACUGUAGUGAACGGCAGGACUCGUAGGUUUGCCGAUGUUGAAAUGCAGUAUGGCGCACUGGCUCUUCAUGUCCGCUACGGCAUGACACUUGAUGAGGAGAAGGCACGGAUAUUAGAGCAGGCUAGGCAAAGGGCUCUUUCCAAUGCCUGGGCCAGAGAACAACAAAGAGUGAGAGAUGGAGAGGAGGGUGCCAGGUUAUGGACAGAAGGGGAGAAGAGGCAACUGUUGAGUGCUGGAAAAGUCCAAGGAUAUGAUGGGUACUAUGUACUCUCCGUGGAGCAAUACCCCGAAUUAGCAGACAGCGCUAACAAUAUACAGUUCCUUAGGCAAAGUGAGAUUGGAAAGAGGUAACACACUGGUUGAGCCUGGGCUGCCAAAGAGACUGACCCUGUACCAGUGUCUUCUGAGAGGGAGACCAAAUUGUUUUGCUGCAUUACUACUUGAGCCUAAAUGUACACCUUUGCUCAGAUUUUUCUGUAGCACAAUCCAAUAAGACUCUACAACGAAGAGAGAGAGCCUUCCAGAAGAAUGAUAUUGCUAAAAAGAAAAACUGGGAGUUGUUUUUCCCUACUCUGAAUGACCUUAAAGGUGAUCUGCUUUAAAGAAUAUGUUUACAUAUGCAUAUCGCUGCACUCGAGUUGGACUGAAAGUAUUACAAGGAAGACCUAAAGGGUUUGCAACAAGCUUCCUAUUCUUUUGAGGCACUGUCUUUUAACUAAGAAACAGAUCCAUACAGUGUUUCCAAAUAUUACUAAAUUGUUGACCUUUGCUUAAAAGAAACUAGUCUCUCUCUCCUCCUCUCUCUCUUGCUCUCUUCCUCUCUCUGCAUAGGAUGUGGUAUAUAUCUUUGUUCAUUUUAAAAUGUGGGGCAAAAACUCUUGUUUCUGGACCCCAAUGGCUUUAAACUGUGCUUCUUUCUAAAAGGACAUUGGCACAAGCAAUUUAUGCUACAAUGGGAAUUUAAUAACGGAUUUUACAAUGAUAACGUGGUUUGCCUUGGGUGGGGUGGGGGAUGGCAAGUAGAAUCCUUGUCACAGAGCAGCAAAGGAAACCUUGAUUUUUUUUGUAAAUUAUGUGAGACAAGUUGUUUAUGGAUUUUUAUAUGAAUUACAAUUUACUGUACAUCAAAUAUUAGUCUCAGAGGAGUUAAUUUAUGUAGUGUUUAAAAAAGGUUUAUACUUAAAAUAAAAUGAUAAAAAUGUGCAGUGUGUGAAUUUUUUUAAAGGAAUUGCACCUUUUGUUAUGUUAUAGCUGUACAGUAUAAAGUUAUAUUGUAGAGAUAUAACAGUGUAUACUAAUGGACAGAAGUGUUAAUAUUUUUGUAUUAGCUUUAAAAAGAGUGCAUUUUUCUUUCUCAAUUGCUCGUGGGAAAGGUUGGUGGGGGGCAGCCACUCCGCCCCCUUCCUGUGCCCUGCUUGGCCCUCACCACUCGCUGCUAAGAGGGAGAGCAACUCAAUAAGAUUUAUGUAUGACAGUAGAAGACUUUUGUAGGCUGGGCUUGCCUUGUCCUCUUCCAGCCCUAAAGGUGUAUUUAUUCAUUUUGCGGCUCUGUUAUGUAUUUUUUAAAUGUGGGAUGUAAAGCUGUGUUAUGUGGUGAAAGGAGCAAUCCUAUACAUGUUUACACAGAGAGUUUAGUCUCAUUGUGUUCAAUGGGGCUCAUUCUCUAAUGAGCAAGUUUAGGAUUGCAGCCUCAGGUGCUCUGCAGAUGUACAUGAAUGGCAAAUUGGUGCAGUGCUCGCUGCCACAAUGACAGGGCUUCUGCCUCUGUCUUCUGAAAGAAAGGUUUUCAGUAUUUCACUGGAAAAACGCAGAACAACAUGGGUAGGUGGAAAAGCAAGUUAAACUAAUACCCUAGCCUUUAAACCUCUUGUCCACCAAAAAGAGUCACUAUAUAUACCGUAUAUAUGAAUUGCAAGAAAAAGGAAGGUGAGAGUAUUAACUUAGUGCCUAAUCCACAUCAUAAAGCUACCAUACAGUUUGGCAGGGCUUUUUUUCAGCUAGAACCUCACAGGAACUCAGUUCCGGCACCUCUCAGGUGGGUGCCAUUGCCAUUAGAAGAGAACAAGGGAGGUGUUCAUGGUGAGCUCCAGAACCUCUUUUUCUAGGAAAAAAUAGCACUGCAGUUUGGCAUGACCUGCUCGAAAGGACAGUCCAAUCUGUUUGGACUCAAGACAUGCAAACAGCAGAGGUUAACACAGGCCAGAUCAGUCCUUUUGAGGCAGGUUUCAAUACUGGGCAUCUGCUCUGGAACAUCUGAAGUAACAAUCAAGGGGGAUGCUUCUGAUAUAUGUUCCAAGUGCAUGUCCCUGAUCUUAUAUUGAUAUUGAGGGUGGGGGGAUAGAAGACUCAUAACAAAUGGUCGAGCUUUCUGGCAGGCUUGAACCCCAGCACCUAUAUAACAAAAUAAAAUCAAUGGGAGACAGUGGCUCUUAGUAUGCCUGAGACUGCUUUCAGAGAAAUCUAGGUCACGUAAUCUCACAAUAUGCAUUCUAUUUCAGUAGCACAGAAUUCAUUCGCUCUUCCAAAAUUCUGAGACUCUCAGCUUCCAGUGUGCUGGGGUUUUUUAAAAUUAAAAAAACACUACCCCUCAGACUUGCAGAGAUAACAUUAAAAAAUAACAUUCACAUAUGCACUUCCCACUAAGCCCUCCUGUGCUAGAGAAUCUGCAUUGAAGUAUUCCUUGGUUUCUGGCCUCUGCUCAUAUGCCGCCCCUUCAUCAAAUUUUAUAACUACACCAGUUCCAAAAAGCUCAGCCCUUGUAACUGGACUGAACCAUGCCUGAUUAAAAAUGCAGUGGGGGGAGGUUGCAUCAUUUGUAAGUGGGCAAGGAAAGACAAAGAGGGGCAUCUUAUUUUUAGGGCUACUCCUUCCCACAUUCCUCAGUAUUUCUGGAUAAGAUCCCUUAUAUCGAGUGCUGUUUUCAGCUACAAAGUGACUAAAAUAUUGUGGGGGUGGGUUUGGGGGGGGGGGAAGGUUAAUUGUGCUGUACUCAGUAUGCAGAAUGGCAACAAAUGGCAGGUGAAUGUGUCUUAAAUACCUGAAGGGAUGGAAUAAAAAUAGUUUCCUAACUGCUUUCUGCACCGAGAUUCUAUAGUAUUAUGUGUGCUCUCAACUGCACAGUAGGAGUCUUGUCAAACAGGCUGUGAGUAGGUCAAGCAAGUUACUGAAUCCACACUAUCAGUGCUGUUGCUAUCCAUGUACCCCUUGGGUAGAAGCUACAGAACUGCUGACAUUUAGAAUAAAAGCUGUUAUUUUAUUAAAGUGCAAAUUAACAGUUAAGUUUGUUUUUAUUUUUUCAACCUUCAAAGAGCCCAAAUUUAGCAACUAUGAUUCAUGAAACCCACAGCUCAGUGCCAUUAUUUCACAUAUUAUUUUUAAUCUGGGAAAUGUAUGAGGAUUGCAGUUCUGUUGUUAACUUGGAUUUAACAGCAUUGUAUCAGAGGUUUGUCAGCUCUAUCUGUGGAAUUAGGUUCAUGCUCAAAAAAUGUAGUAGAAUGUUAUUGACUUGUUUGGAAUACCGCAAACAUAUCCAGUGUGUUACGUCAGAAUAGAAUUAAAGCUUCUACUUCCUGUGCCCUUAUUCUUUCUCCCUGGUUUAGGCAUGGGUAGCCCCCAAACUAUAGUUUCUCUUGAUGGUCAUGUAGACUUAGAUAAAGGCCCAACCAGCUGCCUUUUCUCUAGCUAUAUACUAAAGAGAAAAACAAUCAUUCUGAGAUGGACAUGCUCCUACAUGAGACAGAGACUUAGGGGGAUUUGUAAACAAGAAAAUUUAAAAGAACUGGAAAUAAAUGUAUUAAAAUAAAUACCCUACAAAAAAAGGAGAUUCAGAGUAUUUUAGGCAAAAUGCUUUCAUGCUAUUUUGAAAUGUAAAUUUUGUCUGAUUUGUAUUGUUCUUUUAAUUUGCCUUCUGAACUUUAUAUGUGUCCUGAAUUUUUCCACACCUUGAUGACUAUAGAUUGCAUCUAGGCUUUCCAAUAAAAGCCAAGCCAAUGUGUCUGUGUU